GUAAUAUUGAUAAUAAUCAAACUAACAACUAACAGUUGGUUUGAAACCUAAAUCUUAGUUGGAGCAGUAGUUAGUAGUUACUACUUUACUAGACUGAUUAAUUGUUUUAUUUCAACCAAAUAACCAAUUUAACACUAGUGAGUUGGCUGUCCGCAAUGGGGAUUAUGAUGGUUGACUGCUUGAAUAAUGACACGGUUAGACAAUUUCUGUGUGCAACUCAACUUGCAGCAAUCAACCUCAAAAAUAUAUCAAAAGAAGUUGAUUUUAUAUUAAUGAUCCUGUCCCAUCCAAUCUUACAAAAAUACCCACUGAAAACUCUCUACAUCACUAGAUUUUUGAAAGCAAUUAUUAGUCAAAUGGAAAAUAGUGGAAAUGAAUUAUGCGAUGAAUUAUAUUUAAAAUAUGUUGAACUCAUCCAAAAAGAAUCUAAUAAAGGACCUUUUUAUAAACACUAUAUAAUUGAUAAUAAUAUUAUUAGUAAAGAGUUGACUGAGUCAGUUAUAACUAUCCAAGAAAGUACCAGUAUUGUUUCACAAGGAACCACAGGACUCUGCACUUGGCAGGCGGGUAUAGCACUAAGUUGUUGGUGUUUAAAAAAUCAAGAUAAACUCAAAGACAAAUUUAUCAUUGAGUUGGGUUGUGGAACUGGAUUGAGCGGAAUAAGCGCUUGUAUAAAUUGUAGACCAAGCGAAUACUGGUUUACAGACUGUCACUCAACUGUUUUAAACACCUUAAAGCACAACAUACAAAUUAAUGAAACACACCACAAAUUCAACUGUAAAUAUAAUGUUGUUCAAUUGUCCUGGAAUGAUAUAGAGGAUUUGAAAAUGUUUGAAAAUAAAAAACCAGAUUUGGUUCUAGCAGCUGAUGUGAUCUUUGAUCAUACAAUGUUUGAGCCAUUAUGUAGUUCGCUGAGGUAUUUUACAAUCAAUAAUACAACCGAAAUAAUACUUUUCUGUACAAUGAGAAAUCCUGAGACUUAUACAAAAUUCCUUGAGACCCUACGUAAGAAAUGUGAUGAUAUUUACUUAUUUUUGUUUAAAAAUAAUAAUAAACGAUGCAGUAGAAAAUAUUUUACCUAUUUCAUUUUUUUUUUUUUCAGAAAAGUAUGACCUAAAGUUUACACAAAACAUUUUACCUAACAAUUACUCAAUUGUACUACAACAAGAAUGUCCAAUAUAUAUAAUACAUAUAAAAUAGAAUGCAGACAUACAGUCAUGCCUAAAUAUAAUGUGGUUCAUAAUAUAGUUCAUUUUAAAUCAUUGGUAAUGGUUGAAUAAAAAAUAAAUGGUUCUUCGAGCUCUUCUUCACCACA